AAACCUUAUAGACUACUCUGCUAUAAACAAACUAAUUAUCAUGUAUCAGUAUCCAUGAUAUUGAUAGUGUGAGGCACUGGCAGAGUCAUUGGUAGUGUGAGUAGCACUUCAUUACUAUUACACGAUGGUCGUGUCGGUUGCAUAAGCAGGUGGCAUUGCAAACCCACGUGACCAGCUGCAAGAAGAUGGCACAGCUUCUAUCCGCAAUAGGUUGGACCGAGGUCGGCCUUGAGAGUGGCAGUAAGUACUACUGGUGUCCGGAGCAGGUACGUUGUCAGCCAGAGCCGCCGCUCUACGAAAUCCUUGGCCUUUCCUCGAACCUUCGUGGUUACAACAGACACGCAAUUUUCAAAGCGUACAACUUGAUGUUCAUGAUCUACUCGUACUUGCAGCCAUUGCCAUUCGCAUUUCAUGAUCUUCAUCCUCUUUGUUCUGUUUGAUUCCCAUCGGAUAUUGUGUGGUCUCCGUCAUCUAGAUUUAGCCGCUCUAGUACGUUUGCUAUUGCUAAAAAUAUCAAUCGUUCGUUGUUUUUCAGAGCAGCCGUGAAGACCAUCCCUACUUCUACUCAGGUAUCAAGAAAGGAUGGCAGAAUUUGGGUCUGACCCUCGAGCAAAGGAACUUCUAGUCGAGGCCUACAAGACUCUCAGCGAUCCCAUACAAAGCGCCCUUUUCGACAGACGUAAAUACUCAAAACUUGACCUCGUGACUAUGACGUGAUCUCCACCUUGAUGAGAGACGAGGAAAUCAGUUUGCUACACCACGUCAGCUGAGGUUUGCUCUACUACAACUACAAGGUGUAGUCGUUUAGCUUUUAGUCUACAACUUGUGAGAAGAAUAUCAAUCAACACUGUCUGAAUCUAAAGCCUCGUCGCACACUUCGGAUAAACAGGGAAUUCGUCAACGGAGGCGCGCAAGGUGCAUAUGGGUCUUGUUGCAAGGCACCUCCGAAGCAUUGAACCGAAGAUCGUUCCAGAAGUGCCCGCGGAGGCAGAGGUGGGCGAUGAAGCGGCAGGAGCGUAACAACUUCGGGGUGUGUUUUUGUAGGGCUUCCUUUGACGUUUGAAGACGGGGAGUGCAGUGCAAGAGCCAAGAGAAAAGUCUGCAAGAACAUGAAGGACUUUGGAUCGAUGUCUGCUGGGUCGUUUGCUGCGCACGAAAAUCAAAAGUGAACUCAACUACACAUGAUGCGUUUCUUUAGCAGGUGACGAACUGC